GUUUCUGCCUGUGAAAUGAGUGUGUAUGAGGAGAGAGAGGAGGAGAACCAGACCUGUGAAAUGAGUGUGUGUGAGGAGAGAGAGGAGGAGGCAUCUGUUCACACUCAGAGAGCAGCAUCUCCAGUAUCCAGCUGUGUGUCCAUGAAGAGUAACAGAUCCAUGUUUGAGCCCCCUAAAUUCAGUGAUGGACCAUCUUCAGGAUUCAGCUGUGUGUCCAGGAAGAGUAACAUCUCCAUGAAUAAUCCUCCUAAAUUCAGUGAUGGACCAUCUCCAGUAUCCAGCAGUGUGUCCAUGAAGAGUAACAGAUCCAUGUUUGAGCCCCCUAAAUUCAGUGAUGGACCAUCUUCAGGAUUCAGCUGUGUGUCCAGGAAGAGUAACAUCUCCAUGAAUAAUCCUCCUAAAUUCAGUGAUGGACCAUCUCCAGUAUCCAGCAGUGUGUCCAUGAAGAGUAACAGAUCCAUGUUUGAGCCCCCUAAAUUCAGUGAUGGACCAUCUUCAGGAUUCAGCUGUGUGUCCAUGAAGAGUAACAGAUCCAUGUUUGAGCCCCCUAAAUUCAGUGAUGGACCAUCUUCAGGAUUCAGCUGUGUGUCCAGGAAGAGUAACAUCUCCAUGAAUAAUCCUCCUAAAUUCAGUGAUGGACCAUCUCCAGUAUCCAGCAGUGUGUCCAUGAAGAGUAACAGAUCCAUGUUUGAGCCCCCUAAAUUCAGUGAUGGACCAUCUUCAGGAUUCAGCUGUGUGUCCAUGAAGAGUAACAGAUCCAUGUUUGAGCCCCCUAAAUUCAGUGAUGGACCAUCUUCAGGAUUCAGCUGUGUGGCCAUGAAGAGUAACAGAUCCAUGUUUGAGCCCCCUAAAUUCAGUGAUGGACCAUCUUCAGGAUUCAGCUGUGUGGCCAUGAAGAGUAACAGAUCCAUUUUUGAGCCCCCUAAAUUCAGUGAUGGACCUUCUGUGACCUCUGACCCUGCAAUCAUCAGCAGGAAGAGGAAGAGAGCAGCAUCUCCUGUGUCCGACUGUGUGUCCAUGAAGAGUAACAACUCCAUGGUUGAUCCCCCUAAUCUCAGUGAUGGACCUGCUGUGACCUUUGACCCUGUUGGUGUGAGAGCUGAGCAGAUCAAAGAUGUGUCCUGUCAGACCAGCUCAUCCUCCUGUCAGAAACACAUCAGUCAUCAUGACACAGAAGCAGCCCUGCAGCUCGACUCUCACCAGCCAGUGCAUGAUGAUCUGCAGAGAGUCAAAGACCGGCACAAAACCAGCAUGAAGAACAAGUAUGAGAGCUUAUCUGAGGGAAUCAAACUACAAGAGAAUCAGACUCUCCUGAACAGGAUUUACACACAGCUGUACAUCAUAGAGGGAGAGAGUGAAGGAGUGAAUGAAGAACAUGAGGUGCUACAGAUGGAGAAAAGUUACAAUGCACUCCAAGACACUCCAAUCAACUGCAAUGACAUCUUUGAUCCUUCACCUGAACUAGGAUAUGAGAAGAAGAGAAGAGAGAAGAAAGACAAAAUCAAGACUGUUCUUACUAAAGGCAUCGCUGGAAUCGGAAAAACCGUCUCUGUGCAGAAGUUCAUUCUGGACUGGGCCGAGGGAAAAGCCAAUCAGGAUGUAGAUUUCAUGUUUGUGCUUCCAUUUAGAGAGCUGAACUUGAUUAAAGAUCAUCAGUACAGUCUUCACAGACUUCUGCUGGACUUUCAUCCUGAACUUCAAGAUCUGGACUCAGAGAUUUAUGAUGAAUGUAGAGUUGUGUUUAUCUUUGAUGGUCUGGAUGAAAGCAGAAUUACACUGAUGUUUUCAGACAGUGAGAAAGUUUCUGAUGUGACUGAGACUUCAUCAGUGGGUGUGUUGAUGUCAAACCUCAUGAAAGGAGAUCUGCUUCCCUCUGCUCUCAUCUGGAUCACCACCAGACCAGCAGCAGCCAAUCAGAUCCCCUCCAAAUACAUCAACCGUGUGACAGAAAUUCAGGGAUUCAAUGUGUCUCAGAAGGAGGAAUAUUUCAGCAAGAGAAUCAGUGACGAGGAUCAAGCCAGCAGAAUCAUCUCACACAUCAGAAGAGCAAGAAGCCUCCACAUCAUGUGCCAUAUACCCGUCUUCUGCUGGAUCUCAGCCACUGUGCUUCAAAACAUCCUGAAACAAGAUCUCAGUGCAGAAAUCCCUCAAACUCUGACUGAAAUGUACAUACACUUCCUCCUCAUUCAAACUCAUAUGAGGAACCAGAAGUAUGAAGAGAGAGAUCCAGAGAAACUCCUGCAGUCCAACAGAGAAGUGAUUGUGAAACUUGCUGAACUGGCUUUCAAUCAGCUGAUGAAGGGCAAUGUGAUGUUCUAUGAGGAGGACCUGAUUGAGAGCGGCAUAGACGUCACUGACGCCUCAGUGUAUUCUGGGAUUUGCACUGAGAUCUUUAGGGAGGAAUCUGUGAUUUAUCACAGGAAGGUUUACAGCUUUGUACAUCUCAGCUUUCAGGAGUUUUUUGCUGCACUGUAUGUGUUUUUCUGUUAUUUACACAAGAACAAUGAAGUUCUGAAAAUAUUCCUUACAGGAAAGUCCAGAAAUCAGUGUGAGACGGUUCCUCUUGAUGUAUUUCUGAAGGAAGCAGUAAAUAAAGCCUUGAAGAGUAAAAAUGGACACCUGGAUCUUUUCCUUCGAUUCCUUCAUGGCAUCUCACUGGAGUCCAACCAGAGGCUCUUACAGGAUGUGCUGAUUCACACAGAGAACAACCCAGAGAGCAUCAAGAAAAUAAUCCACAACCUCAAACGAGGUCAAAAAAACAAUGUCAGCCCUGAAAGAUGGAUGAAUCUGACACACUGCUUGAUUGAGAUGAAGGAUAAUUCUGUUGUUGAAAAAGUGCAGGCGUUUUUAAAAUCUAAAGCAAAAUGUAAAAUUCUUUCUCUUGCACAAUGUUCAACUUUGGCAAACAUGAUCCUGUUGUCGGAGGAGGUGAUGGAUGAGUUUGACCUUAAAAAGUACAACAUUAAAUCAAAGGAGGGUCGAAGGAGACUGGUACCUGCUGUGAGGAACUGCAGAAAAGCUUGUUUGGCAGACUGUAAUCUCACAGAUCAGCACUGUGAAAUUGUGUCUUCGGUUCUACAAUCAUCAAACUCCCCCCUGAGAGAGCUGGACCUGAGUAACAAUGACCUGCAGGAGUCAGGAGUGAAGCUGCUCUGUACUGGACUGAGGAGUCCAAACAGUCGACUCAAUGUACUGAGGUUGGUACACUGUAAGCUCACCAAUCAGUGCUGUGAAAUUGUGUCUUCAGUUCUACAGUCAUCAAACUCCUCCCUGAGAGAGCUGGACCUGAGUAACAAUGACCUGCAGGAUUCAGGAGUGAAGCUGCUCUGUGCUGGACUUAACUGUCAACUCAACAUAAUGAGGUUGGCACACUGUAAGCUCACCAAUCAGUGCUGUGAAAUUGUGUCUUCAGUUCUACAGUCAUCAAACUCCUCCCUGAGAGAGCUGGACCUGAGUAACAAUGACCUGCAGGAUUCAGGAGUGAAGCUGCUCUGUGCUGGACUGAAUAGUCUAAACUGUCAACUCAACAUACUGAGAUUAUCGCACUGUUUGGUGACAGAGGAAGGUUGUGCUGCUCUGGCAUCAGCUCUGAGUUCAAACCCUUCACACCUGAGAGAGCUGGAUCUGAGCUACAAUCACCCAGGAGAAUCAGGACUGAAGCUGCUCUCUGAUACUCUCAACCAUCUGGACAAACUCAAUGUGGAUCAUGGAGGAGAGUUCAUGAUGACAUCAAGACUACACAGAUACGCCGUUGAUCUCACACUGGAUCCAAACACAGCACACACUCGUCUCGUUCUGUCUGAGGAGAACAGAAAGGUGACGUGUGUGUCAGAGAGACAGUCGUAUCCUGAUCAUCCAGAGAGAUUUGAGUCGUUUUUCCAGGUUCUGUGUGGAGAGAGUCUGACUGGACGCUGUUACUGGGAGGCUGAAUGCAGUGGAGGUGCUGGUAUAUCAGUGUCAUAUAAAGGAAUCCAGAGGAAAGGAGGAAUGAGUGACUGUGUGUUUGGAUAUAAUGAGAAGUCCUGGAGUCUCUUCCGCUCUGGUCACAGUCUCACUGUCUAUCACAAUAAUAACUCCACUGCUGUUUCUGCUGAUCCAGGAUCCUGUAAGAGAGUAGGAGUGUUUGUGGACGUGUCGGCCGGCACUCUGUCCUUCUACAGCGUCUCUGACACACACACACUCACACACUUACACACAUUCACACACACAUUCACUGAACCACUUUAUGCUGGAUUUAGAGUUUAUAGUGUUAACUCUUCAGUGUCUCUGUGUCAGAUUCAAAGAAAAUGUGUUACCAUUUAACAAUUUCUCCAUUUUAAUUUUUGAAAUACAUAAAUAUUCACACACACACACUCACACUAAAUUAACACUUUUCCAGUUGUUUGACUGAUUAUGUGUGUUACUGCAUUAUCACCGUUAUUGAUAUUCACACACUUUAUUUGUGCACAGUGUGUUAUUAAAAUCCUUCAGAUGAUCUGAUUAAAACUGCUGGAUCUCAGAGGAUUAUUAUAAUCAAUAAUGUGAGAUGAAUAACACAUCAUCUAUAUAAUCAUAGAGAUAACUGUAAAGUGAAUAUGAAUCUUCUGUAUAUUCACAUGUUUUAUUACAGUUUAAUGAUGUUAUUGUAGUUUAUGGUCAAUAAACGCUUGUUCCUGGUUCAGUGUGAACAUGUUUCUUCA